GCGCGCCAUCGCCCGUCCUUCCUCAAGAAGAACCGCGGUCGUUGUUGUUGUUGGCAGGGUGGAAAAUGGCGCGCUCGAUGAAGGGUGCUAUGGUCGCCUUGGCGUUCUUCGGGCUGAUGAGUGUAGUGGCCGCGUCUGGCAGUGAAGCUGACACCGACGUGUGCAACUUGGCGAAUGUGAACUUGGAUUCCCUGAAGGGUCCGUGCGGCGCGAUGGCUUCGAACUUGGGAAGGGGAGGAGAGUGCUGCAGCAAGAUCGAUGCACUGAUGGCGGAAGUGCUGGAGAACUCGAGGUUUAACCAGGAAUGCGGGGUGCAAUUGCUUAACAAGAUCGCAAUGAACGGAUACCCCAUGAUCGCACUUGAUUACGUCGACAAGUGCCUUGGAGAGGAGAGGAGAGCGCUCCAGGCAGAAUCGUCGUCGUCAUCAGUGACGACUAAGACCCCCACUCCUACUCUAGCUGGUAAAUCCACCGACAAGGCUGCGCCGUCGUCACACAGCUCGGCUCCGGCUGCGGCAAUUCCGAUUCUGAUUCAGUUGGCGUUCGCUUUCGUUGCUAUAGCUCUCCUCCACUGAGUCCAGCUACAGCGUGUGUGUGUGUAUGUGUGUGUGWGUGAGUGAGUGUGUGAGUGUGUGAGUGUGUGAGUGUGUGUGUGCGCGCGCGCGCGCGCGCGCGCGCGCGCGAGAGAGAGAGAGAGAGAGAGAGAGAGAGAGAGAGAGAGAGAGAGGACGGACAUAGAUUGAGAUGUGGUGGCAUUUAUUCAUGUGCACCCGCGAUUGGCGGUGCAGGUGGAUUAAGAGCGUCUUUAAAUCUGUUGAAGCGAAAAUUGGUACUGUAGAGUAGAGUCGUUGAGGGCGGACGAAGCGGGAAACGCUAUCAAUAAGCGCCUUUAGAUCUGUUAAAGCGAAAAAUGAAGAUGUUUGUUAAUCUCUUCAUUAAUAAACGGUCAGCUGAUCGCCAACAUCUCUGUGAAGUUUAUCAAUUUGUUUUUAUUUGAGUAAAAUAAAGCAGUUGCU